GGGGCGAUGUUGCACAUUCCGCAGGGAGGGUACCGGUUAAUGGAAGCUUUGGUAGCGGUUGGUGGGAUGUUGGGCGCUCUCUGACUCCCGUUCUUAACAAGUGAAACCGGCCCAGUGUUUGCUCAGCAGCACACUGUGCAGCUUCGAUGAAAACCACACCGGCUAGACAAGGUCAUUGCCAAAGUUUAGAGGCUCAGUGACCACUAGGAGUGCCUAAAGACCCUCCAGGAGCACCGACUGAGACUGCAGACUCCAGCCGCUGCUGUGUGUAUCACUAUGCACGCCAAGCAUUCCCCUGUGUCUCCAGUGCUGCAAUAAAGUUUUGCUUGCUUCUUAAUACUACACUGGUGUUAGAAGGAGAUUUAUUCUCGAUUUUGGGUGACAACAACACAAUGCCUACGUUGUUCUUCUCUGUAGCUAAAACUAGUUGGACUUUAUUUAUCUCUUGCACCCCUCCAGAACCUCAGAGCUGGUCACUCUCUGCAUUCUGAGGACAACCUUGGGAUCCGCUUUUUUUUUGUCCUCAUUCAGUCACUUGAAGCCUGGUAGAACACUGUGAUGGCGGCUCGGAUGACUGAUGCUCAUCGACGGUUCUUGCAGGUUCUGAUGUCUAAUGGGAUAACAGAAGGAUCAGAGGCCAGGAAAUUACACCAGCACUGCUGUGAAACUGAUAAAGUCUACUACGCACAUGAUAAACUGGACGAUUUCAUCAGCACUAUAAAUAGCCACCUGCAGCCUUUGUUUAUGCAGAUCCGGAAGGGAAUAUCAGAAGACGAUGGCAGAGCACAUUAUGCUGUAGUGAAUUUGGCGGAAACUGAAGUAACUAAAAUGGCAUCUGACUAUACAGAACUCGAAUUAGAAUUGUUCAGAAAAACAAUGGACCUAAUAAUUUUAUCAGAAAAUGGCUUUGCCUCAUCUACAGAUAUUUUAAAUUUGGCUGACCAACUUAAGACAAAGAAAAUGAAGAAAAAGGAAGCAGAACAAGUGCUGAAAGUUUUUGUGGAGGAUAAGUGGCUGUCUGAGAAAAAUGGAGAAUAUACUCUGCAUACCCGUUGCAUAAUUGAGAUGGAACAGUACAUUCUCAGCAACUACCAGGAUGUGGCAAGGAAAUGUAACAUCUGUCACAGCCUCACCAUCCAGAGCCAAGUAUGUGAAUCCUGUGGAAUUGGAAUGCAUUUACCUUGUGUCAGAAAGUACUUCAGAGGCCAGACUGAACCCCGCUGUCCCAAGUGUAAUGAAUUCUGGUCUUGUGACAUCCCAGGUGUGAGUCGGAUGGGCUCCCAGACUCACCAGGGCUCCACUCUUGGCCCUAGAUGAUGCCAGUAAAACUUGUCAGGGACAUCUGUUUGCCCCCUCUCUGUAGUCUCUGCCAAACUGUAUUGUAUUCAUUAGUAACAGUGCUCAGUGCACUCAUUUUCUAAAGUUCUAAGAAUCUUACAAUAAAACUAUCAUUUAUGUUCCUGUUCCCAGU